AUGGAGCUGGCGAUGGAGAACCUGGGCAGCCUGCACGGCGUCCCGCACUCGCAGCCCGCCGAGCUGCUGAGCCCCGCGCACGGGCGGCAGAGCUCGCACCGCAACCUGGUGCCGCACGGCCGGCCCGCCAUGGUCUCGGGCAUGGCCUCCAUCCUGGAGGGGGGCGACUACCGCGGCGAGCACAGCCUGGGAGCCCCGCUGCACCCCGCCAUGAGCAUGUCCUGCGAGUCGCCCUCCGGCAUGAGCCUGAGCAGCACCUACACCACGCUGACUCCCCUGCAGCACCUGCCGCCCAUCUCCACCGUCUCGGAGAAGUUCCACCACCCGCACCACCACCACCACCACCACCACCCACACCAGCGCCUGGCCGGCAACGUCAGCGGCAGCUUCACCCUCAUGCGCGACGAGCGGAGCUUGGCCUCCAUGGGCAACCUCUACAGCCACUACCCCAAGGACAUGCCGGCCAUGGGGCAGCCCCUAUCGCCGCUGCCCAACGGGCUGGGCAGCCUCCACAACGCCCAGCAGCCGCUGGCCCCCUAUGGCCCCGCCGGCCACUUGCCCAACGAGAAGAUGCUCUCGCCCAACGGCUUCGACUCUCACGCCGCGAUGCUGUCCCGGGGCGAGGAGCACCUGGCGCGGGGGCUGGCGGCGCCCAGCUCGGCCAUGAUGCCGCCGCUCAACGGGAUGCACCCGCACGGGCACCCGCACGGCCAGCCCGGAGCCUCGCUGCUCGGCGAGCGGGAGCGCCCGGCGCCCGGCCCCGGCUCCCAGCCCGGCGGCUCCGGGCAGGUGGAGGAGAUCAACACCAAGGAGGUGGCUCAGCGGAUCACGGCCGAGCUGAAGCGGUACAGCAUCCCGCAGGCCAUCUUCGCGCAGAGGAUCUUGUGCCGCUCCCAGGGGACCCUCUCGGACCUGCUGCGGAACCCCAAGCCCUGGAGUAAGCUCAAGUCCGGCCGGGAGACUUUCCGCAGGAUGUGGAAAUGGUUGCAGGAGCCGGAAUUUCAGAGGAUGUCGGCGCUCAGACUGGCAGCUUGCAAACGCAAGGAGCAGGAGCAGCAGAAGGACCGGAGCCUGCAGCCCAAGAAGCAGCGCCUGGUCUUCACGGACCUGCAGCGCCGCACCCUGAUCGCCAUCUUCAAGGAGAACAAGCGCCCGUCCAAGGAGAUGCAGAUGACCAUCUCCCAGCAGCUGGGCCUGGAGCUCAACACCGUCAGCAACUUCUUCAUGAACGCCCGCCGGCGGUGCAUGAACCGCUGGCAGGAGGAGCCAGGCGCCAACCCCGGGGUCCCCUCGUCGUCUACAAGCACUUUCUCCAAAGCAUGAUGUCCCCCAGCCCUCCCUGCCCCUUCCUGGAUGUCCCCCUCAUGACAAAGCCAACCCCAGACUCACACACAUGGCCUGACCGGGGUGGGUGCUUUUGGGGUGGGUCCAUUGGCCUCCCAAACCCUCAGCUGGGAGUCACCCAUGGGCCUCAGGCCACCUCCUGCUGCCACCUCCUGCUGUCACCUCCUGCUGCCACCUCCUGCUGCCACCUCCUGCCAGCUCGUGGAGCAGGGACAGGGUUUGUGACCAGGUCAGCUCCAUCCUGGGAGGGCUCAGAGGAAAGCCGUGGGGAGCCAGGGGUGGCGUGGGAUGGAGGGAGGAGCGAGGCUCUGCUUGGAAGGAAGCAUCCCUGGUCCUUGGGGAUCACAGAGCCUUGUCUUCCCCUGCCCAUGAAGGUUUUUGGGGACAGGGGCCUGUCCUAACCUCUAGACCAACCUUGAUCUGUCACAGCCAUUCUUAUGGCUCCCACGGGGUGGGGGCAGAGCUGGGGGUGACACAAGAAGUGGUGUCACAUGCUGGGCUCUGGCACAACCCCAUGGCACCAGGGCCAGAGCUGCCGUGGUUCAAAGGGGACUGAGCAGGGAAGGUGCUCCCUGGAAGGCUCCUGGUCUCCUGCCCUCAUUGCUGGAGGUUUUCUCCUGCUGAGGUGCAGUGGGUUCCCCAGGGCAGCCAGGUCCUCUGUGCUAGCACCACAUGGCACUUCUGUCCCCUGAGGGUUUUGGAAACCUGGCUGAGGACAUUCCUGUACCCCCCAUUUCCUCUAUGGGCAUCUUCCUCUGAUCCCCCCCAGACACUCCAGGAGCACCCACACCCCAGGCCCCUCAUGCACUCACAGCCCCUGACCCACGAGAGCACCCCGGUCCCAGAUCCCUCCCAGAGAAGCUCCGUGGCAAAGGAGUCCCCUCCUGCCUCCAGGGACCCGAGCACCCCCACCCCGAGGGGACCCCGGCUGCUCCGCGUCGCCUGGCGCCCCAGCAGGUCAGAGAAGCACAUUUUAGCCACAGGAAUCGGGUAUUUAAAAAUAACAAUUGUUCCAAAGGAGACGGGAGCAGAGACUCGGAGCGAAGGAUCUGAUCUUUCCUGGUGACUGGCUCCACCUUUCACCUCUGGAUUUCUGGCUCACUUUUCGGCUGAGGAAUGGACACAGACAAAGCAGAUUUGUUGGCUUUGCAUCUCACCCCAUCCACCCCUCGACACACACUCUUGCCCCCUCCCAUUCCCCCUCUUCAUCUCUGUUACCAAAGAAAUUACAAAACCAAAAACGCAACAACGACAACAACCAAAAAAAAAUUUCCUGCUGGGAACCAACGUCGGUCCACGGUGGGUAAAGAAAAAUCCAAGGGAUCUGGUGGCGAAAUCCAGCCCUGGGUGUGAGAAGGGGGAAAACUCCCCAACGAGAUUGAAAGGGAAGAAAAAACCAACUCAUCCCCCCCAAAAAAAGGAAUAACAACAGAAACCACAACCAAAAAAGCUCAACAAAGACCGGCAACUUACCAAAAA